AUGGCGGAAGUAGCAGACUGGGGAAAAUGUGAGGGUCCCUAUCAUUGCUAUUUCCGAAUAACAUUGGUCCCGCGCUUGAGAACGUAUUGCUUUACACAGGAACGCACCACCAAUUGCAGGAUUGGUGAACUACAGUGCAAUUUGGAAGCAAUCACUCCCAGUGUAACAGUCGGCUUGAAUCUUCCUGCCAAUGGCUCCCCACUUCAAGAUAUCCUGGUCCAUCCCUGUGUGACCUCUGUUGACUCUUCCAUGCUAAUAUCAAGCAGUGUUGCUGUAACUGAUGAUUCUGCAUUCAAUGGACCUUACAAAUUUCCAUUCAUUCCUCCUUCAGAUGUGUUCCAGUUGCGUUAUUACUCAUCUCAGGUACCCGUACCACCAAUUCUUGGGUUCUAUCAGAUGACAGAAGAUGGCUCACAUGUUCACAUAUCUAUUAAACUGAAACUUCAUGAAAGCGUAAAGAAUGGAUUUGAAAAAAAAAAAAACAGUUAUUAUGAUAGGGGCCAAAUAAAGCACUUAGAGUAUAAAGUUAGCCACGGACAACUUGAACUAUCAAGGGAAAAGAGCCUUUUGGUAUGGGUAAUUGGUCAAAAAUUUCCCAAAUCACUUGAAAUUUCUUUGACUGAAACAGUGACCUUCAGUUCUGAGUCCCAUCCAAAUGAUCCUGCAGAUCCUAUAUGUGUUGGCGCCACAGCGUAUGUUGAACUUUCUUUUAGGGUUCCUGACUAUAGCCUCACUGGCUGUUAUGCGGACCAACAGACUAUGCAAGUGUUUUCAUCAGCAAAGACGAAAAUUGUUACGUCUAGAGAGCUGAUUUCUUCAGACUAUUACAUAUGGAACUCCAAAGCACCCGCACCAGUGACGAGCAGAUCUUUUUACUCAUGAUGCUCAAGUUCUCAUACUAACUGUAUGCCUUACAGUUUAUGAAAUUUCUAUCUACUUUUCACGUGUUAAAGGAUUGAUUUAAUGUGGAUUACACCGGUAAACCAUAAAGGAAAUGCUUCAGUUAAAAGGAUGAGCCUCUUUCAACGAUUCCUAUAGUGAGUCUCAAAGGUGCACCGUAUUUUUUUCAGCACUAGAUCAGGGCGGCCGUUAGAUGCGAAACCAUAGACCAAUUCAAUGUUCCUCUGAUGGAGUUCCGGAUUCAAUUAACUUUACUGGAGAGGAAACUGAAGCUGACCAGAACAAGGUUUUCUUCAUACUUGCCUGUAUGUCUUUGGGGUGUGAAAAGAAACCCAGAAGAAAACCAUGCAGCCAUGGAUAGCACAUGUAAAUUCCUGGUUGGGAUUGAACCUAGGCAGCUGCAAGGGAGCAAAAGAAUA